AUGGGUGUGGUCAUCCCUCUGGUAUCGGUGACCGCAUUCUGGCUCCUUGUCGGUGCUGGUGGACCAUUCUUGGUACCUAAAGGCCCUAACAGAGGCAUAAUCCAAACUAUGAUUAUAAUGACAGCUGUCUGUUGCCAUCUUUUCUGGAUCAUGAUUUAUCUUCACCAAUUGAAUCCUCUAAUUGGGCCACAAAUUAAUGUUAAGACAAUCCGUUGGAUUUCAUUGAAGUGGGGAGAUUCACCGACACCAGUUCCUCUCGGACAGUAA